GAGGCGGAGGGGGCGGGGCUUCGGCCGGCUAAGCCGCGGCCACCCGCGGUCUGAGGGACCGGAGGAGCGGGGCCGGGAGCUGCGAGGAGCCCCCCCAGACGUCGCCGAGCGCGAGGGUGGGCGUGCUCGGAGGGUCGCUCGUCAGCCGCCGCCCCUCAGUCUCCGCACUUGCAGGUCCCCUCCCUCUCCGCCGGGACGCGGUAGAGCCCGGCUCGCGGCGGGGGCGGCCAAUGCGAAACUGGCUGGUGCUGCUGUGCCCGUGUGUGCUCGGGGCCGCGCUGCACCUCUGGCUGCGGCUGCGCUCCCCGCCGCCCGCCCGCGCCUCCGGGGCCGGCCCUGCAGAUCAGUUGGCCUUAUUUCCUCAGUGGAAAUCUACUCACUAUGAUGUGGUAGUUGGCGUGUUGUCAGCUCGCAAUAACCAUGAACUUCGAAACGUGAUAAGAAGCAGCUGGAUGAGACAUUUGCUACAGCAUCCCACAUUAAGUCAACGUGUGCUUGUGAAGUUCAUAAUAGGUGCUCAUGGCUGUGAAGUGCCUGUGGAAGACAGGGAGGAUCCUUAUUCCUGUAAACUACUCAACAUCACAAAUCCAGUUUUGAAUCAGGAAAUUGAAGCGUUCAGUCUGUCCGAAGACACUUCAUCGGGGCUGCCUGAGGAUCGAGUUGUCAGCGUGAGUUUCCGAGUUCUCUACCCCAUCGUUAUUACCAGUCUUGGAGUGUUCUACGAUGCCAAUGAUGUGGGUUUCCAGAGGAACAUCACUGUCAAACUUUAUCAGGCAGAACAAGAGGAGGCCCUCUUCAUUGCUCGCUUCAGUCCUCCAAGCUGUGGUGUGCAGGUGAACAAGCUGUGGUACAAGCCCGUGGAACAGUUCAUCUUACCAGAGAGCUUUGAAGGUACAAUCGUGUGGGAGAGCCAAGACCUCCACGGCCUUGUGUCAAGAAAUCUCCACAAAGUGACAGUGAAUGAUGGAGGGGGAGUUCUCAGAGUCAUUACAGCUGGGGAGGGUGCAUUGCCUCAUGAAUUCUUGGAAGGUGUGGAGGGAGUUGCAGGUGGUUUUAUAUAUACUAUUCAGGAAGGUGAUGCUCUCUUACACAACCUUCAUUCUCGCCCUCAAAGACUUAUUGAUCAUAUAAGGAAUCUCCAUGAGGAAGAUGCCUUACUGAAGGAGGAAAGCAGCAUCUAUGAUGAUAUUGUUUUUGUGGAUGUUGUCGACACUUAUCGUAAUGUUCCUGCAAAAUUAUUGAACUUCUAUAGAUGGACUGUGGAAACAACAAGCUUCAAUUUGUUGCUGAAGACAGAUGAUGACUGUUACAUAGACCUCGAAGCUGUAUUUAAUAGGAUUGUCCAAAAGAAUCUGGAUGGGCCUAAUUUUUGGUGGGGAAAUUUCAGACUGAAUUGGGCAGUUGACCGAACCGGAAAGUGGCAGGAGUUGGAGUACCCGAGCCCCGCUUACCCUGCCUUUGCAUGUGGGUCAGGAUAUGUGAUCUCCAAGGACAUCGUCAAGUGGCUGGCAAGCAACUCGGGGAGGUUAAAGACCUAUCAGGGUGAAGAUGUAAGCAUGGGCAUCUGGAUGGCUGCCAUAGGACCUAAAAGAUACCAGGACAGUCUGUGGCUGUGUGAGAAGACCUGUGAGACAGGAAUGCUGUCUUCUCCUCAGUAUUCUCCGUGGGAACUGACGGAACUGUGGAAACUGAAGGAACGGCUGGAGUGCAAUGGUGUAAUCUCGGCUCGCUGCAACCUCCGCUUCCCGGGUUCAAACAAUUCUCCUGCCUCAGCCUCCUGAGUAGCUGGUGCCCAUCACCACACCCAGCUCACUUUUGUAUUUUUAGUAGAGACGGGGUUUCACCAUGUUGGCCAGGCUGGUCUUGAACUCCUGACCUCGUGAUCCGCCCGCCUUGGCCUCCCAAAGUGCUGGGAUUACAAGCAUGAGCCCAGCGCCUGGCUGUAUCUGUCAUUUUACCCAAGUCACUUUACCCAAGUAAGUAAUUAGGGGAAAGCCUGAGUCUUGUACCACCAGUUCAUUUGGGGAAAGCCUGAGUCUUGUACCACCUGUUCAUUUGGGGAACUGUGGGAAACGGAGCCAACGGACCUAAGUGCCCUUUGACAGUGAGUUUCAUACCAUUUCAGUAGUGUAUUUCUUUCUUAAUCUGAAUAAACCAGAAUGAUUGAUAGAUACUCUCAGCACAGAAGAAUAAAGGGAGCGAGUCGUUAACGUUUUCUUUUUAAACCUUUAUGAUGACUUCCUUAUGAAUUACUGAACGAACACUGGAAUGCGACUCAGGUAUCCUGAGGACAUCUCUCAACUCUGGCCUUAGUUCCCCCUCUGUAAAAUUAGGGUGUCAACUAAAUGAUCUACAAGGUCCCUUCCAGCGCCGCCAUUCUGUAAUUACGUCAUGUGCAACUGUAUUAAACAUACACAAGUGACUGCCAGGCAUGGGAAUGUAACUUCCGAGUAAAUGCUUUGGUUUGUUCAGAAUACACUAUGAACUUCUUUCCAAAGACGGCUUGUGGUAAAUAGUGGAUAUUUUGAUUAUGAGAAAUAGAGUUUCCUUGAAGCUUUAGCUGGAGAUACAGCAAUAGUGUGGUGUUCCUACAAAUAUCACAGUGUAUUCAAACAUAUUUUUCUAUCAAAAAUCAUUUUUGUAAAAGCUGUGUGUUUUUAUCCAACUUGUGAUAAUAAAUGUUCUUUAUUUUAGAAUAAAAA